UGUGCGGUACAAAAAAUAAUUAAAAAAACCAUCUCCGCUCCUCUCCAGAUCUGAAUAUAAAACCUCUCAUCUCCCCUUUUUCACUUCACCUUCGCCAAGUACCUUAUCUCUUAAUACCUCCUUUUGUUCCGCUUUCUCUUCUCCAACCCAAUUCCCCAAAAUGCGCGAGAUCCUUCAUAUUCAAGGUGGCCAAUGCGGCAACCAAAUUGGAGCCAAGUUCUGGGAAGUUAUUUGUGCUGAGCAUGGUAUAGAUCCGACCGGGCGUUACCAAGGAGACCUGGAUCUUCAACUUGAGAGAAUCAAUGUCUACUACAAUGAAGCCAGUAGUGGUAAAUUUGUCCCUCGUGCUGUUCUCAUGGAUCUUGAACCUGGAACCAUGGACAGCAUUAGAUCUGGUCCUGUUGGUCAGAUCUUUAGACCUGAUAACUUUGUUUUUGGUCAGUCUGGUGCUGGUAACAACUGGGCUAAAGGUCAUUACACUGAAGGUGCUGAGUUAAUCGACUCUGUUCUUGAUGUUGUUCGUAAAGAGGCUGAAAAUUGCGAUUGCCUUCAAGGGUUUCAGGUUUGUCAUUCUUUGGGAGGAGGAACUGGAUCUGGAAUGGGGACACUGCUGAUAUCGAAGAUAAGGGAGGAAUACCCAGAUAGGAUGAUGUUGACUUUCUCAGUUUUCCCAUCUCCUAAGGUCUCUGAUACAGUCGUCGAGCCUUAUAAUGCCACUUUGUCUGUUCAUCAGUUGGUUGAAAAUGCUGAUGAGUGUAUGGUUCUUGACAAUGAGGCCUUGUAUGACAUUUGUUUCCGAACACUUAAGCUCACCACUCCCAGCUUUGGUGACCUGAAUCAUUUGAUAUCUGCAACAAUGUCUGGAGUUACAUGCUGCUUACGAUUCCCUGGUCAGCUUAACUCUGAUCUUAGGAAACUCGCUGUGAAUCUCAUUCCAUUUCCUCGCCUUCACUUUUUUAUGGUGGGUUUUGCACCUCUCACUUCAAGAGGAUCCCAACAGUACCGAGCUCUAACAGUUCCUGAGCUCACUCAGCAAAUGUGGGAUGCAAAGAACAUGAUGUGUGCAGCUGAUCCACGACAUGGCCGUUACCUGACUGCAUCAGCUAUGUUCCGUGGUAAAAUGAGCACCAAGGAAGUGGAUGAGCAGAUGCUGAAUGUUCAGAACAAGAACUCAUCCUACUUUGUUGAGUGGAUUCCUAACAAUGUGAAGUCAACAGUUUGUGACAUCCCACCCAAUGGCCUCAAGCUGGCAGCCACAUUUAUCGGCAAUUCAACAUCCAUACAGGAGAUGUUUAGGCGUGUGAGUGAGCAGUUUACAGCUAUGUUUAGGAGGAAGGCCUUCUUGCAUUGGUAUACAGGGGAAGGCAUGGAUGAGAUGGAGUUUACUGAGGCAGAGAGCAACAUGAAUGAUCUGGUCUCAGAGUAUCAGCAGUACCAAGAUGCAACAGCUGAUGAUGAAGAGUAUGAGGAAGAGGAACCCGAAUAUGAGGACUAAUGUAACGAGGAGGAAACUUAUUGCUAUUUUGGCAAUUCAAAUCUCAACUUCCAUUUGCUGGUUUUCUUUAAUGUGAAAGAAUUAGUCAUUUGCUGUAACUGUUGUUGCGUUUAUGUGUUGAAUUUCGCUGGGAUCCCUUGCAGUAGCUGUUCUUGAUAUUUUCAUGCUCAAUGCUUGCUUGCUGUUUUAGCAAGGCAAGCAGACUAUGUACCCUUCUCCUUUAACUUUCUAAAACAAACUUUUUUGUUGCAUUUGUUCUCUAAUAAUAGUAUAACAUCCGCCUUGAUCUUUUAUAAUUUAUAAAAGGAAAAAA